AUGAAAGUGUUCCUCGCGUGUCUUAUUGCUUUUUCCGCGGCUCAGGCCCCCACCAAAGAGCAAGCCUGCCAGGACUGCAAGGCCUUCAACAAUCUGAUCAAAGAUGAAGCCGAAGGCCCUAACAACAACAUCGUCAAAGCGUUCCUCAACCAGAUCAACAUUGCCUGCAACAACACCUCUUCCCAGCCACCGCUUUGCCAGAUCUCCCUCGAUCAAGGAUUCAUGAACUUUUGGAACGGAGCCGCUCAGGCCGACCCUGAAGCCUGGUGCGAGUCUUAUACGCUUUGCGACUCCAACUCCCCAAGCCUCUUUGCUUUCGAUCAUUGCGGCACUUGCACGACCUUCACUGAUGAUUUGUCCAAGAUCGCCAAGUACGAUUCUGACUGGUGGAACGCCAUCUGGAGCCAGUUCACCGACGACUUCUGCACCAACAUUCCUUAUUUUGAGGUCAAAUACUGCAGAAAAGAAAUGGCUGCUUUCAACCCAAUGGCUCAGAGCCACUUGGUCGACAUUGAUGCCACUUUGGCCUGUGCUGCAGUCACUAUUUGCUAA